AUGGCGAACCUACAAAGCAACCCACCCGAUUUGCCAAAAUCCACGUCACCUUCCCGCUUUGGUGGCCGACACGAAGCCAAACCAUCUUUGCCAGAGUUUGCCUCCCCGGGCAAGCUCCAUCUCCAUCCUCCACAAGCCGAGCAACGUCAGCUGCGUCCGCGUCCGCGUCCGCAUCCACACGAUGGCCGAGCACUGCGACCCGCCUUCGAUCCACCGCAGGACAGAAACUCGAUAGACAUGGCCCGGUUGGAAGGCAUGACGCCGUUGGCGAGCCCGGGCCAGAGCCGGAGGCCCAGCGUUUUGGUGCCGAGAGACGACGACGGCCCGAAUGAGAACCACGAUGGUGCGGCGAAGAGACUCGAACUGGAGCUGGAGCGGGACAAGGCCGCCGCCAGGUCACGUGCCUUGUCGCGGUCGAUUGCCCGGCUCAACACCUUCUCCACAGACAUGACAAAACGACUGGACGACACCUACUACGCCGUUUUGGAAAAGACGAGCACUCUACACAGCACCGUCAUGGCCCUCAAGGACCUGGCGCAGUCGUCCCGGGACAUUUACGAUUCCUUCGACAAAGACUCUCGUCACCUCGAGAGCGACGUUGCCGGCCAGCUGGUCGCCAUCGGACGGUUCGAAGGGCACGAAAGACGAAUCUCGGACCUCCAGAGCAGGAUAAGCCACGGCCGGGCGAAGAUCGAGGCACUCACGAGCCGAGUCGACGUUGUGAGGGAGCGAAUAGAGCGCUGGGAGCGCGCGGACAGGGCGUGGCAGGAGAGGACACGCAAGAAGCUCAAGAUCAUCUGGUCCGUCACGUCCGUCGUGACCAUCGUCGUCAUCGCCCUCGUCGUCGGCAUCAACUACGCACGAACGGAGCUGGACGAGCCGCAUCACCGCGGCUCCGACUCGGCCAUGGCGUCGUCGUGGUACGCCAUCUCCAACACGUCCGGGCCGUCGACCGAGGUCGUCGGAGAGUCUGGCAGGUCCCUCCUGUGGAAGACGCCGCUUGACGAUGGGGAGCAUCUCCGGGCGUUUGACGAACUGUGA